GUGGUCUUGUUGGAAAAAGGAACAUUUGAUCAGCCGGUUUAUCACGUGAUGUCAACAAAUGUCGGAAGUGGGAUCGAAUUUUCACACGUGUAUUUUUGAUGAAAAAUAAGAUUUAAUUAAGAGAACCAAAAUGAGUGCUAAAGAUGAAGGUGGUGUCCAGGGUGCCAGCAACCAAAAUCAGAAAUCUAAUUCAAAAUCUAAAAUUUCACAACAGAAAGGACCAAAAAAAAAUGCUUCAGAUGUCAUUCCAACAGUCCUAAAGAAUUACCAGAAAGAACUACAGGAUCAAAUUAAUGAGGGUCUUCCUACAGAUCCAGAGGUCCUCAAACAAAUCUUUACCAAACAGCAAAUGCUUCUUGAGCUACAAACUGAGAUGAUGUCUCAGCUAGUUAAAACCAAUACUAAUGAAUCCGCUACUAGUACUACAGCUUCACAGGAAUCCAAGAAAGCAGCAGCUUCAAUGCCUUUUCCCAUGCCAAACAAGAGAUAUUCAAAUCAAUAUGGUUUUCAUGGAUUUGAUGUACCUGGACAGUCAAGACGUGGUCUUGGAGGCAGGAGGUUUAAUCAACAUGGUGCUCCAUUGAUGAGGAAUCAAGAUUGUUCGGCUGGAUAUUAUGACUAUGAUGAUUGUCAUGUAGAUGAAUAUCAGAUGUAUGGGGCAAGAGGUUAUGAUCCACGACAAUAUGGAUAUGAAUCACGUCACGGUUUUGGUUAUGGUCCUCGUGAAAUGAGAGGUGGAGAUGGAUAUGGGCCUUUCUCUGGUGGAUAUGGUGGCUAUGGUCCUUCUAUGGCAAUGGGCAGAGGUGGUUAUGGCUCGUCUGCCUGUCAAGGUGCUUAUGGGGGUGCUUAUGGAAGUUAUGAACAGUCAUUGGGAAAAGGUAGCCGAGAUAUGGUGAGAGAAAGAAGAUAUCCUUCAAAAGGACAAAAAAAGCAAGGUCUUGUGGAAUUCUUUAUGUCAGAUCUUAUAAAUCGACCUUAUGGAUCAUCAUUGCCCACAGAGGACCGAUUGACAAUACUCAAAAGAGAAGUUUUCAAGUAUGAAGAUUUUCCACAAGCAAUGACUGUCAUUGAAACCUCUCGACACAAUUGCCAAGAUGCUAUGAUAAGAACAAUUUAUGAAGAUGAAGCUUUGGCAGAUGAUAGGUUCCGUGGAUUUCUGAUAAUCAAUGGCAUCCUGAUAGCUGUGGAAGAAGGACGGAAUAAAGUGGAAGCAAAAGCUUUCUCCUAUUCUCAAGCCCUACGCUUGCUGAUCACCAAACCUAUAAGUUUCCUCUAUUCUAAUUCUCAACAACUUUUCAAUGACCAUAUUCAUCCCACGAAAAAAAAGACAGAAAAUUCCAUGAACAAGGAACGAUUGCAUUGGAUACUAGAAUCACUACAUCAUGGUGUUCACAGUUUAUACAAGUCCAGCGUGAACCGCGACUUUGAAGAAAUCGUGUAUGAGCUUGAGCUGGGGAUUACUCACAUCUACAGGCAAACUGAGAAGGGAUAUUCAUGUGAGCUGUACAUUGAUGAUCUUUUUAUAGCUCAAAAAGAUUCACCUAGAAAAAAGGAUGCUUAUCAAGAUGCACUAAAGCUAGCACGUGAGAAACUGUUUCUGAGUCCCAGUAGAAAUAGAGGUCUUCUCAACAAAGCUCUUCGACUCACAAAUGUCAACUUUGCAGAUGAGAACAUUAUUGAUGUGCAGUUUUCAGAGAACAGACAUCGCGUUUAUUCUAAUCUGGAAGAAUUGAAGAAGAAGGGAGUGUCCACAAAGAGUCUUGAGGAGGUGAAGGAUGACCUGGUGAUUAUUUUGCCAUUGGGAAGAGCAUCAGCAUGGAAUUGUUUGCAACAGACGGCUUUAGCUAAUAAUAUUUUCAUGGAGUUUGUAGAAAAUAAUCGUGGAAAUUGUAAAAGGUGUAUAAUAUACAUACAAGGUAAAUGUAUAGCUGACUCUAACAGUAAUAAAGAUGGUUCGGCUAAAAACGUUGCAAUGGAGAGAGCUAAAACAGUUCUAUUAAGAAAAUAUGAUACAUCUGUAGAGAUAGCACAAAUGGAUUAUGAAAAAGUAACUUUGACCUUUGAUGAGGUUAAGGAAAAGGCAGACGAACUAAAGAAAUCGGAACCCAAGUUAUUAGAGGGAGUUAACCCACAGGAGCAUCUUGCUGCCAAAGACGAUCCAGAGCCAGAUGAGAUGUCCCCGUGGAUUGAUGCCGUUUUACGCAACUUAAUUGAGCAAUACACAAAAACAGAGGGGUUGGAGGAAAUGGUUAUAUCCGAUCUACCAUCUUACCAUUCCCAACUUUUGGUAAAUCAAGCCGACACAAUGGAAGUUAUUGUGCAAUUAACAAGACGCAAGAAUGUGGCAUAUACCACCAUCCAAAAAGCCAUCACGAAAGACCUGUGUUCAAAAGAAUUCAUUGAUUAUGUUAUGUCUUCGAAAGACAGUUCUUCCGGACGUUACAAAGUUGUUAAACGAGAGACUUCAACGCCACAAGUUGAACCCCUCAAUAAUUAAUUAUUGUUUAACGAUUCAAUUAUACAUUUGGAUGUUGAAAGUUCAAAGAGAAAUAUUUCUAUUAUUAAUUUUCAUUUUCUAAUGGUUUCUCAUUGUUACAAUCGGAUGUUUCAAAAGCAGGAAAAAUAUCCAUGUCAUCAGUUCUGUAAAAGAUGAUUGUUAAAUGCUUACUUUCUUGAAUUUGACAAAUUUAAUAAAGAGAAAUAGUUCGUAUUCAGCUUGUAAAAACUGCAAUUUGAUGAACUUUUUAAUUCAUAUGGAUCUGUAGGGAUUCCUUUUUUUGUUUUCAUUUAUCGUUUAAUUAUUGUUCUUUUGCAUGUGCAUAGUGCUUUCUUUAACUUUAUUUAAGGAUAAAUCCUAAAAAUUUGUCGAUCAGUAUGAGAAAAAAAUCUUCGACUUUGUUUGAUAGCAAUCAGGAAAUCUUUAUCAGUAUUGACUAAGAAAUGUCUUUGUUUAACAUAAUGUUCAGGAUAACGUAUGACUACAUUAUAUAAUAUAUAUUAUUUGUUAUGUUUCAUUUUUACAACUUUGUGACUGGCAUCAACACCCCUGACUGGCAUCCACACCCCUGUUACUAAAACUGGCAUGAUUUGUUUAAAAAAUGGGGAAAUAACUGACCAGAAAGCCCAAUCUUAUUGUUUGAAUUCCAAAAUAGCUUCCAUGAGUCAUGUAUUGGCAGCAUCAAGGGCCACUUAUGUAAGUCAUUUCUAUAGGUUGACCUCAAUGGUCAAGAUGGAUAUCUGAAGGUAAUUGUUUAAAAUGUCUGUAGGCUGUCUGUCUUGUUGUCCUAAUUACAACAGGAUCUGAUCAACAAGAGCAUUAGUUUCUGUAAGAUGGGUUUCUGUAUAAGGGAGAUGCCAUUAUGUAACAACACUGUAUAUAAGUUUAUCACUAUACCACUUAUAUUGACAAUGAACCCCCAGUAAUAGCAUUAUACUGAAGCACUAAUGUAUAGUUUUGUUUAAUUUGGGUAAGAGUUCUUUUUUUAUAUAAUCACAUUUCAUAUGGUAGUAUAUUAUUGUUUCUCCUUCCGGACUCGACCAAAUUUGUUUUUCAAAUUUGUGUUCAGUAAGUCCUAUCGAAAUUUAGACCUUCCCAACAUUUUUUUUAGCAGAUUGACUGCCCCUGUUGCCAAAACUCUGUAAACUCUUUACAGGUCAGAGUAGGUGUGAUCAUUUUUUCAGACUUGGUGAGAUUGUUUGGCUAGUUGUGAGGAUGUUUGUCAAACUUAAAGAGAUUGUCUGACCAGUCAUUAUUCAGACUCGCCAAUCAAUUUUAUAAGGGAUUAUCGAAAAACUUAAAAGUUACUGUGUUACCAUCAAAAUUCUUAUGGUAGGCAUAUAUUUGUUGGCUGACACUGUUUAUAUUUCCUAAUACUUUUUUUUCCUCUUCUUGUAGAUAAGGUUUAUGAAAUGUGUGUUUUUGAAAUUCCUGUCCAAUCUUGUAAUAAGUAUUAAAGUAUCUGCAUGUAUACUUGUGAAAAGUUAGCGCCAAGAUUAACGAUUAACUUUGUCAUACUGGCUGUAUAAUGUAUAAAUUCUCAAAGAGUACAUUAAAAAUAAUUUCUUUGAAUAGUUGUACAAAACUA